AUGCUUUGGAGGACAGAUUCACUGAAAAACAGGAAGAGAAGGCAGCGACAUAAGACACGGCGGGGGUGGGGGGCCGGGGAGGAAGAAAACGGGGCCCCCGCCGCCCCUCCCCGCGAGACCUACCGAGCGCCCCAGCGCCGAACCCCGCACGCACACGGCACAAACGGGGAGCCUCCGGAAGGGCCGGAGAGGGCGAAAUGCCGCGAAGCCGGGCCCCCGCUCCCCGCCACACUGCGUUCCCGCCCGCCCGCCCGCCCGCGCGGCCGCUCCUCCUCCCCAACCCGAUCCGGAUCAGGGUUAACAACAAAAAUGGCGGCCCGGCCAGCUCCAGAUAAGGAGGAACAGCCCCCCCGCCGCCGCCCCCCGCCGCCGCCCGGCCCGAAACGAAAAGACAAUUUACCCAUCACUGAGUCUCUGCUGUUUCCUCGCAUACAUUACCAUCAAUGCCCGGCCUGUGAGUGUGUGUCGGGGAGGGGGGAGAGCGGCCGCGAAAGGCGGGCGGGCGCGCAGGCGGCGGCGGCGGCGGGCGGCGGGCAGCCCCGGCACCUGGGUCCGGCGCGCCCUCGGCGACUCUCAGCAGCUCCCAGUUACUGGCGCCGGCGCUCCCGGGCCAUCUCCCUCCGUCGACACCACGCUCACUCUCAGCCGGGGCAGCGGCGCCAACUACACGGCGGCACCGCGAACCGGGGGGAGGGGGGCAAGACGACGCGUCCGGCUCAGCCCCGCGGAGAGCGACUGCCUCCUCCGCCUUCUCCUCCUCCUGCUCCGCCGCCUCCUCCCCUCCUCCCCCCGCCGCCGCCGCUGCUGCCGCCGCCUGGUCCUUCUCCUCCUCCUCCUCCUCCUCCCGCCGCCGCCGCCGCUGGUGCCGCCGCUGCCGCUCCACCAACUACAUCCGGGCAACUCGGACGCUGCCGCCUUCGGGAAACCUCGGCAGUUUCCGCCGGGCCCCUCCUCUCCCACCCUCGGCCUUCCUCCCCGCACCGCGCGGGUCCGGAACACCGCCCUCGGCAAACCUCGGCUGGCUCCGGCCUUUCUCCUCCUCUGAGGCCUGGAUCUCCUCUUCGCGACCAGUCUGCCCUUUCCUUCUUUUCCUCACUCGCGAGUCGGCCACCGCCGUUCCCGUUUAGGGAUAGUCUCGCUCGGGCGCCUGCUCGAGGCUGAUCCCAGGGGCUCCGGGCUGCGCAGGGAGGGAGCCGCCUUCCGGAAGAGGACGGUGGGGCGCGAGGGAAGCCAUCGCGGACUAAAUAAGGGAGGCUGCAGCGGCUGCGCGUGCGCCCAGAGGCGCCGCGGGAGGGGGUGCUCUCGGGCGAGCUCUCCAGCCGCGGCCCCCGCCCCUGCGCUGUCGGGCGGGGAGGUCGGAAACCCCCUGGCGAGACCACGGGCGGACGCUUCCCGAAGAGCUGCCUGGGCCGCAGCCGCGGAAGCUGCGUUCUGGGGAGCGGGGAGCGUGCUCUGGCGCCCUCGGGCCGCUGCUGGAAGCCAGAACCGAGCCCGGGCCGCUGCCCCUCACCGGACGCCGCGCGCCACCGGCCCUCCGCGGGGCAGGGGCUGCUGCGAGCUCGCCGGGCGCCCUUUAGACAGUCGUCCUUGUCUACUCCACUACCAAAUGUUGAAGUUCUUCAAGAAUCAGUCCUUUGGAGGCAUUUAAGGAAAUCUGUUUCUCUUUUGGAUCACUAGCUGCAAAUUAAGCUAACAGAACAGAAGCUCAGCUGGUCACACACAGCAACAAAUACAGACUUUAUAAAGUUCAGAAAAGUUACCAAACAGUGGUAACCAUAACAAGUACCAACAAUGAACUAUGGGGAGGGAGGAGAAUCUGAUUUCCAGAGUUACCACAUUAUAAUACUAUUCAAAAUGUCACAUUUUUAGCAAAGAUUACAGGACAAGGAAAAACCAGAAAAGUAUGGCCCAUACACAGGUAAAAAAAGAAAUUAAUAGAAACUACCCCUGAAGAAGCACAGACUUCGGAUGUACAAAACAAAGACUUUUCAUCAACUCUUUUAGAUAUGCUAGAAGAGCUAAAGGAAACCAUGGACAGAGAACAAAAAAAUUAGGAAAGCAAUGUCUCAUCCAAUACAGAAUAUCAAUAAAGAGAUUGAAAUUGUAGAAAAGAACCAAAUAGAAAUUCUGGAGUUGAAAAGUAUUAUAACUAAAACUGAAAAUUCACUGGAGGUAUUCAGCAGCAGACUGGAGAAGUCAGAAGAAAGAAUCAACAGGCUUCAAGAUAGGUCAAUUAAGAUUAUACAGUCUGAGGAGCAGAAAGGAAAAAGAAUGAAGAAAAAUGAACAGAGCAUAAAAGACUUCUGGGACUCUAUCAAGCAUACCAGUAUAUGCAUGAGGGGAGUCCCAGAAGGAGAAGAAAGAGAGAAAGGGACAUAAUAUUUGAAGAAAUAAUGGUAGAAAAUGUCCCAGCUUUGAUGAAAUACAUGAAUCUAGAUAUUCAAGAGGCUCAAAGAACCCUAAAUAGGGUAAACUCAAAAAGACCCACACCGGAAUGCAAAAGUGAGCUGGGUGUGGUGGCACGUGCCUGUGGUCCCAGCUACUCGAGAGGCUAAGGCAGGAAAAUCACUUGAACCCAGGAGGCAGAGAUUGCAGUGAGCCGGGAUUGCGCCAGUGCACUCCAGCUGGGCGACAGAGCGAGAUUCCAUCUCGAAAAAAAAAAAAAAAAAAACUAUUGCUGCAGUCAUUCAGAUGGAAAUGGGGAAAGAAUAAUAUUAACUGAUUUCAAAAAGGACUUGAAGAUGUGAAUCAUCUAUUUUGCUGAAGAAAUCUUAACUCUUUGAAAUUACUUUUUGUUGCUGUUGUCAUACUCUUAGGUGCCAAACUGCGGUAAAUUUUUAAUCAGUGAAGUGGAAGCAUGUGUUUUGUUGUUUUGGGAAUUUUUAUCAAGUAUCUUCAGAGAAGAUUAUUUCCUGCUUUGUCUUCAAAAACUGGAAAGGAAGGGUCAAAGAAAAGACAGUAGCUGGCCGGUCAUGGUGGCUCAUGCCUGUAAUCCCAACACUUUGGGAGGCUGAGGCGGGCAGAUCACCUGAGGUUGGGAGUUCGAGGCCAGCCUGACCAACGUGGAGAAAUGCCAUCUCUACUAAAGAUGCAAGGAUUGGCCGGGCGUGGUGGCCGCGUGCCUGUGAUCCCAGCUGCUCAGGAGGCUGAGGCAGGAGAAUCGCUUGGACCUGGGAGGUGGAGGUUGCGGUGAGCUGAGAUCACGCCAUUGCACUCCAGCCUGGGCAACAAGCGAAACUCUGUCUCAAAAAAAGAAAAGACAGUAGCUUAUGUUCAUGUCAAGCACCUCUCAUCACAGUCUAGUUCCAAGGAAAAAUUCCAGCAUUUUCUACAUUGGGUGCUGCGUCAUCUGAAAUCGGCACAUUCCGUGGAGGAAGGAGUCCUGCUUUGUUGCAUGUAUCCUAGGGUUUAAUGUUGGUAAAUGAGUCACUCUAGCAUUUGUAGAAGGCUCCCUGAGACUCCUGCAGCAGUCGACCAAGCCCAAGGACAUAAUUGAAUCUGGAGAGUCCUGGGGCCUUGUUUUGAAAAAGACUUGAAAUACACAUAGGAAGAAAGGCAUAAAAAUAAAUGUUCACUUGUC